GCUAGAAUGACAAUUAUGACCCGUUUUCUCGUAAGUAGAAUCUUUAUCUUCUUCUACUUAUAUAUUCGGGAUUGGAACUUCCCUCUCAUUUUUCCCUGCACCAUACCCCCGGCCUUAUGGUGAUACACCAAAGAAAGCAGAAUUCGUUUCAAAUUUCUUUUAUGAGCAGGCUCACGAGAGAGCCAAAAGGAAAUUUCUGCUGAUGCGGCGCUUGAGGCGCAGGGCUGAGGCAGGAGCCCAAUCUAAUCUAAUCUAAUCUAAUCUAAUUGCAUUUAGAUGAAACGCGAACCGCCAUCUACAUAACUAGAUAGUCGUCGUCUACAUCUGUAUCCGUAAGUAGUAGGAAAAAGAUAAGAAUGCAGCCCCGGUACACCAGACAGCAUGGUACAUACACCGCGGCCGGCCGUACAGCCGCUACCGGUUCGUACCGUGGAUCCCCUCGUAGUGAGUUUUCUCCCUCUGGGUCGCCCAGCGCCACUAGUCAUGCCGUGAUAGAGCAGUGGGAUUCUCUCGACAGAUAUCGCGUCGAGCUGGAGGAUGACUUGAGGAGGCAGGGACAGCAGAACUACAAUGGGGGCGGUGGCUUUUUGGACCAGCUGGGGACGCAUUCUCCACGACCUCGCGCAAAAGGUGAGAACACUGACAUGCCGUUUCGAACAUCAUCGGCGCGACGCAGCAACCUCUUGAUGAGCGCAGCUGCGGGUGCCAGUCCAGG